AUGGAAAAUACUAAAGCACUAAUAGAUGACGCGAAUAUCAAUAGAAUUGGUAUUGAAAUUGAUAUCUCAUUAAAACUGUCCAUCGCAAAAAGGAAUAACGGCGGAAAAAUCGCCAAAAUUAACAUGAUUGAUACUGGAAGAAUUAUGUCGACGGCCGAUUUAAAUAUUAACGUUAACAAGAUUAUAAUAAGUAUGGACCAGGUGAAAGCCGAUGCGACAAUGGUCACCUUGUCGAUGCCAAAUAUUGCGUAUAAUAUGGAUGGUAUCAAAAUGAAAGGUAUGAGAAUUGAAAAGAAUAAAGUGACAUGA